CCCCUCGCCACCUUUGGUGCCGAUUAUUUUAUUAUUACGAAUUUCUCAUUCUGCAGAUAGCAACGCUGGUUGUUUGCAUUCAGCGUGUGAGGUUGCUGACAGGUGACAAGGCUUUGAGCUGUUACGGGUUCAUUUCAUUAUAACGAGCGGCUGGUGUGGUGUUAGCGCUUCUUGAUAACAUUCCUGCGUUCUCUUGGUGUUUUUUUUUCGGAGGCCCCGUUGAAGAUAUGCUCGGGUCAGUGUAAGCCUGCAGCAGUUGACAGCAUCGAAAGACUGCAGCCAGCCGGCCGGCCGGCAUGAUCACGCUCAGCAAGAAGCUGCUGCAGAAGCGCGGCGAGACGGCCGCCGGCGGUCCGGUGGCCGCCGGCGCCGAGCCGCGCCGCCGCACCGCUAUGCGGGACCGCCUGCUCACCAAGGAGGUGCAGGAGCUGCACGAGAACCUGCCGGCCACAUGCAGCGUCGAGUUCCCACGGCCCGACGCGCUGCACGAGUUCGUGCUGACCGUGCGGCCCGACGAGGGCUAUUGGCGCCGCGGCGCCUUCUCGUUCGGCAUCAGCGUGGGCGAGGAGUACAACAUGUCGCCGCCGGAGGUGCGCUGCCACACGCGGCUCUGGCACCCGAACAUCGCCGAGGACGGCGCCGUCUGCCUGAGCCUGCUGCGCCAGAACUCUUACGACGGCAUGGGCUGGGCACCGACGCGCCGCCUCAAAGACGUGGUGUGGGGCCUCAACUCCCUGUUCACCGACCUGCUCAACUUCGACGAUCCGCUUAACACGGAGGCUGCCGAACACUACGCGCUCGACCGCGACGGCUUCGAGCGCAAGGUGUCCGAGUACGUGCGCCUGUACGCGGCGCGGUGAGGGGCGAGCGGGCGGCGCUGUGUCGGACCGGACCGCACGUCCCUGCCGGGCGGCGGACGCCCCCGGACCGGUGACCAGGCGCCGGCGGUGCCACGGGGUCACGCCACCCCCCGCCGGCGUGACCCCGCGAGGAGUAGCGAGAUGGCGGUGAAGAUCCAGCGGGGGUGAUGGCAUGAUGCUCCGGAGACUGGUGGCGUCUGGCACAGUGCUUAUGUGACCCGCCGAGGAUGAUAUUGCGCGGCUCUCAGAGGACGAGAGAUGAGUCACGAGGGCGCUUUUGCAAUAACUGGACCGGUGAAGGAGCGGCGGGGCGAUGCCGCGGUGGGCUCUGCGACGAUAGGCGCUGGUGGAGGAGCGUUUUAAUGAGCGUGACCGUCCGGGGAUAGCUGACUAGGGAACGUCGGAGGUAUGUUGUGCUGAUUGCUUCACUCUGAGAGGAGAAAUAGCUAGGGGUCGGUGGAUGAUGCCGGCAGGUCAUUGACGUCUCCAUCCGUGGGUGAGAGGCUAUGCGUCAGUGGAUGUGGGUGACGUCAUAUAAUGACUCGCCGAGGAUGAUUGACGGGACGUUUGAGCAGGCUUCGAACGAUGAUCGCAUGCGGAUGAGUGACCUGACCUCCAGCACGGUAACGGCGAGGUGCCGGCCGGCUGAGGGCGACACGAUAGCAUGAUAUUCGGGGUGUUCUCAGAUGUGUGUCUCGCGUCGCCCGUCCAGAGCGGCGCCGCGCACCGCCCCAGAGCGGCGCGACUGCGGCGCUCCAGCCAUGCGCUGAUCCUGUGUUUCCUUCGCGUUUGCUCUGAUUGCCUUCCAUUGUGCGGCGGCUGACUGCGGCUGCCCCGUGCCGUUUGGUAACUAAUCGCCGCCGUGUUAACCGAGGCAUGCCUGUCCUAGUCGCUCUCCGGUCAUCUGAUUUGAUGUGCUGACAACUAAUAUAAGCAUUGCAUUGUAAA